CCUCCUCCUCCCCCUCCUCCUCCCUCCGCUCCUCUCAGCCCCCUCCCGCCCCCCCUUCCCCCGCCCCGCAGCGCGAAGCCUUGUGGGUAACGACCGGGGGGGCGCCAGCGUCGCUGACGUCACUCCCCCCCGCGCCCAAGCCCAGCCAAUGAGCAUCCAGGAGGCCCUGCCGGCUGUGACCCCCCAGCCAGGCCGCCCAGCGCAGCCACCUGCAGUCCAUGAGGCCUCCGCUCACAGGUGGGGAUGGCUCCGGUUGUGGAGGUGUCGGACGCGGGGCACUGCCGCUCGCUGCUGCUGGAGCUGAACGAGCAGCGCCUGCGGGGCCAGUUCUGCGACGUCACCAUCAUCGCCGAGGACACCAAGUUCCGGGCCCACAAGAACGUCCUGGCAGCUUCCAGCCCUUUCUUCAAGAGAGCUCUGGCCCAGGAAGCCACUUGCCCCAACCCAGCUCAGGUGCUGGAACUGCCCGGGGUCCAGGCUGGGGUCUUCUCUGAUGUCCUCAACUUCAUCUACAACUCACGGCUGGCGGUGGCCUCCCAGGCAGCUGCCCGGGAGCUGGGGGCCGUGGGGAGGAGGUUGGGGAUCCCCUGCCUGCAAGGUUUGGAAGGGGGAAGCCCCAAGGAAGCAGCAGGGGUGAAGAACGGCUCCUGGUCGCCCGUUGACCUGAGCGGGGCUGGGGGGGAGGUGGCAGCGGCGGCAGCAGUGGCGAGGUCAGGGUCUAGUUCAAGCUCAACAUCAACCUCGAGCUCGAAUUCAAGCUCCAGCUCUAGUUCAAGUUCAACAGAGUCAAUGGAAUUAGUGGUGGUGGCUUCAGAGUCAAGGUUGGGGCCCUUGGAGUCAAGGUUGAGGUCUUCGGAGCCUUUGGGGUCCUCAAAGUCAACUUUGGGGUCUUCAGAGCCGAUGUUGGGGUCUUCAGAAUGUUUGGUGUCUUCAAAGUCAACUUUGGAGUCUUCCAAGUUGAGGCUGGGGUCUUCAGAGUCGAGAUUGAGAUCUUCGGAAUCAACGCUGAGGUCUCCAGAGCCAACCUUGGGUUCUGCAGAGCCAAACCUGGGGCCUCCUGAGGGUUCUUCCCCAUUGUGCUGUGGCCUGUGUGGCCGCGCCUUCAGCACGGCCGCGGCCUUGGCCUUCCACGCCAAGCUCCACCGUGGGCGCCGGGGCCUGGCCUGCCGCCACUGUGGCAAGAGCUUCAUCCACGUCAAAAGGCUCCAGACCCAUGAAGUCAUCUGCAAGGACAACCACGCCCAGCCCACCCCCCCGACCACCACCACCACCCCCCCAACCACCACCACCACCAUCCCAGCCACCACCACCACCACCCCUGCCCCCAAACAAGGCAAGAAAGCUUUGCUGCUCCGCCACCGCGCCCUGGAACCGGCGACGCCAGAGCGGGAGGAGGAGGAAUCUGCGACGGUGAAGACGGUGGAUGGGCACCUGGUGUAUCUCUGUGGGGUCUGCCAGAGGUCCUACAUGACCCUGUCUAGCCUCAAGCGCCACGCCAACGUCCACUCCUGGCGCCGAAAGUACCCCUGCAGGUACUCCCCCCCACCCCAGUGCUCCCCCUGCAGGUACUGUGACAAGGUCUUCGCCCUGGCAGAGUACCGCACAAAGCACGAGGUGUGGCACACCGGUGAGCGCCGCUACCAAUGCAUCUUUUGCUGGGACACCUUUGUCACCUACUACAACCUCAAGACCCACCAGAAGGCCUUUCAUGGCAUCAACCCGGCCCUCAUCUCCUCCGAGAAGACCCCCAACGGGGGCUACAAGCCCAAGCUCAACGCCCUCAAGCUUUACCGCCUCCUCCCCAUGAGGGCGCACAAGAGGCCCUACAAGACCUACAGCCAAGCGGCGGCGACAGGCGGGGAGCAGGUGGAAGGUGGUGGUGGUUUCUCCUCGCCCAGGCCUGAGCAGGCCUCGGUUAUUGCCUACGGGAGGCCGGCGGCGCCGCCGUCAGUCAUCGUUCACAGUGGGACGGCAGCGGCGGCGGCCUCCGUGAUCACCUACAAUGGAGGAGGCAGGGAGGAGGCUGUGGGGGUGGUGGCCCAGCCGGUGGUGGUGAGGCCAAUGAAGAAACAGGUCCUGAGGGACUACAUCGAGGCCCAGCGUGCGGCUGGCGUGGGGCCCAGCGAGCAGCUGGCGGCUGGGGGGGGUGGUGUGGGGCCUGGCGGUGGUGUGGGGCCUGGCGGUGGUGAGGGGCCUAGCAGUGGCAUGGAGCCUAGCAGUGGUGAGGGGCCUAGCAGUGGUGAGGGGCCUAGCGGUGGGAUUGGGCCUAGUGGUGGCGCAAGGCCUAGCAGUGGUAGUAGCAUUGGGACUAGCAGUGGUCUUGGGCCUAGUGGUGGUGUGAGGCCUAGCAGUGGUGGCGGUGUUGGGUCUAGCGGUGGUGCUAGGCCUAGCAAUAGUGGUAGCGUAGGGCCUGGUGGUAGCACUAGGCCUAGUGGCGGUGGUGCUAGGCCUAGUGGUGGUGCUAGGCCUAGUGGUAGCGCCAGGCCUAGUGGUGGCAUCAAUCUUGGGCCUACCACCACCCCCACCUCCACCCCCCGCACCAUGACCUACGUGGCCAAGCCUGCUUACGUGGGGUCGGGUGGGGAAGGCCGGGGGGCGCCACUGUGCCAGAUCACCGUCCGCAUCGGCGAGGAGGCCAUCGUCAAGCGCCGCAUCUCUGAGACCGACCUUCACCUGGAGGCCACCACCACCACUUCUUCACCACCACCCCCUCACCAGCACCACCAUGCCCAUCCCCCUGCCCCUGCUGCCAUCUUGGAUGACAGUGACGCCGAGGACAGGCUCUGGAGGCCUUACUACAGCUACAAAGCCAAGAGGAAGGCCUCUGGUGGGGCAGGGACCAGCGGUGGCGGCGCCACCAAAGCCAAGAAGCCUCGCUGGCGCCGAGUGCUGCGCUCCCUCCGCCGGGAGGUGGAAGACGGCGACGGUGAGGCCGGGCCUGCUGAUGCCAGCAGCAGCCGGCGGCAGCGGCGGCAACGGCGGCGCCGACGCCACCACCACCACCACCUUUGUAGGGUGUGUGGGAAGAGCUUCAGUGCCCUGAAGAAGCUGAGGAAGCACCAACGAGGACAUGAGGGGACAGAAGGUGAUGCUGGAGGUGACGGCGGCGGCGGUGCUGCCCGUGUUGGCCGGCGGCCAUCUUUGCGCUUUGCCUGCAGCCGCUGCUCCAAGGUCUGCAAGACGGCUGCCGCCCUGAGCCGCCAUGCCAAGAGGCACCAGGCCGAGGCCUCUCUGCCGCCUCCGGGGCUGCCGCCAUUGUCACCUCCUUGCCCAGUGUCUCCGGCGCCACCGCCGACCGUCAUCACCUACACCCCGCUGGCGGCUGGGGGAGGGUUGGAGGAUGAGGAAGGGGCUGAAGGGGCUGGGGAUAAAGAAGGGGGGGUCGCCCCAGCUCUUCCUCAGUGGAGUGACAGUGGUGACCCCCCGCCGGGGGAUGCCGUGGCGGUGGCUGGGGGGAAGGAAGUGGCGGUGAACAAUGAUGUCCCUGGGGCAGCCGAAUCCACAUUUCAGAACACCUUCCGGCAUCGCAGCGACAUUCCAGCCCUGCCCAGCCGCCUGUGA